UUUCGCGCGCGGAAGCGUGUGCGCGCUCAGUACUUCCUGUUUCCGGCUGCACCGCCUGGACGUUUUGUGGACGCCGCGCGAAUCAGAGAUUUAGUUUUUUUACCCUGUCGGUUUUAUUUCAGUAAUUAAUUUCUGUAAGGUUUUAUUUUUCGUCAGAGACUGUAGAGGAGAAGAAAAAGGACUGGGGUUUGGCGUCUAGACGGUUCGAGUGAUCAGCUGAUCUCCCAGCAUGUCCCUGCCCAAGCGCGAGGUGGAGGAGCUGCGGCCGUGGGUGGAGCGCACCGUGAAGAAGGUGCUGGGUUUCUCCGAGCCCACCGUGGUGACCGCGGCUCUGCACUGCGUGGGGAAAGGCCUGGACAAGAGGAAAACCACAGACCAGCUGAGACCGUUCCUGGACGACUCGGCGAGCGGCUUCGUCGAGAGGCUUUUCGAAGCGCUGGAGGAGAGCAGGAACUCUCGGGGGAACAAAGGCACCGCCGAGAAAAACCGCAAACGAGAUCUGAAGGACGUGUUUGGAGAUGAGGUGGAGGCGCAUAAGGAGCUAGAGGGCAGCGAAACCGUGGCGAAGAGGAAACGAGUACCUCGAUUCGAAGAGGUUGAAGAGCCAGAAGUUCUUCCUGGACCUCCGACGGAAAGCCCUGGCAUGCUCACCAAGAUGCAGAUUAAGCAGAUGAUGGAAACGGCCACUCGGCAGAUCGAAGAGAGAAAGAAGCAGCUGAGUAUCUCUCAGCCCAGACUCCCCCUCCCCACCCCCCAACCCACAGCGCCGGGUCUUCGCUCCCUCCUGCCCUCCGCGCCGGGCCCGGCUCAGUCCAUCGCCCCGUCGCAGGCCGCCAGCUUCAUGAACGACGCCAUCGAGAAGGCGCGCAAAGCCGCCGAGCUCCAGGCCAAGAUCCAGUCCACGCUCGCCAUGAAGCCGGGCAUCCUGGGAGCCAUGACCAACACAGGACCACACAACUUCGUGGCUCUCGCUAACCUGCACGCCAUGGGCAUCGCGCCACCCAAAGUGGAGGCUCGCGAGAUCACCAAGCCGACGCCGCUCAUCCUGGACGAGCUCGGGAGGACCGUCGACGCCAGCGGCAAAGAGGUGGAGCUCACGCACCGCAUGCCCACGCUGAAAGCUAACAUCAGAGCCGUGAAGCGAGAGCAGUUUAAGCUGCAGCUGAAGGAAAAACCCAGCGAUGACCUCGAAUCCACGUCUUACUUCGACCCCAGGAUGUCCAUUUCUCAGCCUCAGAGACAGAAAAAGGGCUUUAGGUUCUACGAAAGGGGACGUUUUGAGAAAAUAGGACAGAGGAUACGCACCAAGGCUCAGCUGGAGAGGUUGCAGAUGGAAAUUGCACAGGCAGCCAAAAAGACAGGCAUCCAAGCGUCCACCAAGCUGGCUCUGAUCGCUCCGAAGAAGGAGCUCGGUGAAGGUGACGUGCCGUCCAUCGAGUGGUGGGACUCGUUCAUCCUGCCCCACAACGUGGACAUGUCUUCUCAGACUGUAUUUGAUAACUUGGACUUCCAUGGAAUCACCACUCUGGUGGAACACCCGGCUCAGAUGGCUCCUCCAGGUAUUUUAAGUGUGUUUAAAGUGGACACGGACAAGCCCGUGACUUUGGGUGUGUAUUUGACCAAGAGGGAGCAGAAGAAGCUGAGGAGACAGACACGGCGUGAGGGACAGAAGGAGAUGCAGGAGAAGGUCCGACUCGGCCUCAUGCCUCCACCUGAACCCAAAGUGAGGAUCUCUAACCUGAUGCGUGUGCUGGGGACGGAAGCGGUGCAGGAUCCCACAAAAGUGGAGGCCCACGUCCGAGCGCAGAUGGCCAAGAGACAAAAAGCCCACGAAGAGGCAAACGCAGCACGCAAACUGACAUCAGAGCAAAGGAAAGAGAAGAAAGUGAAGAAGCUCAAGGAAGAUCUGAGUCACGGUGUUCACAUCGCCGUCUACAGGAUCCGAAACCUGCACAACCCAGCCAAGAAGUUCAAAGUGGAAGCCAACGCGAAUCAGCUGUACCUGACCGGAACCGUGGUUCUGCACAAAGACGUCAACAUCGUGGUGGUGGAAGGAGGACCCAAAGCACAGAAGAAGUUUAAGAAGCUGAUGCUGAACAGGGUGAAGUGGGACGAGCCCAGCUCAAAGAGAGAAGACCCUGAUGGCUCUGAUGAUGAGGGCUCCAGGAAGCACAAUAAGUGCACACUGGUUUGGGAGGGCACGUCCAUGGAGCGCAGCUUCGGAGACAUGAAGUUCAAGCAGUGUCCCACGGAGAACAUGGCGCGGGAACACUUCAAGAAGCACGGCACAGAGCACUACUGGGACCUGGCCCUGAGCGAGAGCGUGCUGGAGACGGCCGACGACUGAGACGGGGCGGAGCGACGACCGAGACGGGGAGUGAGUCACGCCCCCACAGCCACCAAUAGACUGGAUUAGAUCUGACGUGCUUCGACCUGGCAGUCGUGUGUGUGUGUGUGUGUGUGUGUGUGUGUGUGUGUGUGUGUGUGUGUGUGUGUGUGUGUGUGUGUGCGCUCACAUAACCUGCACUGCUGCUACCCUUAUCGGAUUCUCGUGAUCAUGGCAGGACGUUUGUACAGAGAAUCCGGGACACGUGCGACACGUGCACCACGCUGAACACGACUGCUUCAUAAUGCAUCACAGACGUUUCUGGCCAAAGUGUCUUUUUGUUUUUUUAAUUGAGUGGACGAUAGUCUCUUGACGUUGGUCUCGUUAGACGUGGCAUUAACACCCGCACGUUGCCCAUUAAAGAUAACGAGGGAAAAUCCAUGUGCUGCCUCGAUUUAUCCAAUCUUUUUUUUUUUCAUCCAAAAUACUGCUGAAUCGGUUUAAUUUCCUCCAGACGACCGAAGCCUCCGGGUCGCGCUGCUGUACCGCGGCAUGAACCACAAAACAUCACUGAUCACCGGAUCCACCGUUACUGAUGUGUUUAUUUAUAAAGGAAAGUGAACGGAGGUCCAGAAUCCACCCACACGCUCCUGAACAGAAACUCCGCACGAUACGGCCUGUAAAUGUGUAACAAUUACAUUCUUCUAUUAUUCCUUUUCUUUAAAUAAAACUUUGCUUGAA